AUGUCGCAAUACACGUCGAGCUCCCCUCCGCCACUUCGCCACCCCAUCCCGACGCAUCCAGCGUAUAUUCCUGAUCCUCCGUCGACGCCGUCUUCCCCGCAAGGCUACCAACGUUUUUCCUCUUCGCCCGCUCCUGCAUCUCAGCCAGCGCAGUACCCGACACACGUACCAGCUUACACGACCCCAUUUCAACAUAACUAUAACGCAGGUCAUGACCAGAUGCAUGGCGCGAAUAUGCACGGGAUGCCUCCAAACCCGCCACAUCAAGCGCAAGGCAUGAUGCCGCCGCCAGAUUUUGGAGCUUGGGGGAUGAAUGACGCGACGGCUCAGUUUAGUAUGCAGCUUGGUCAAAGCGCUGUUGCCGCAGGGCAGGAUUACGUCCAACGCAAUUUUGGUGGUAUUUUCCCGACGACAUACAUCAAACACCACUUUAAUGUCUCCAAUUCCUACGUUAUCAACAAACUCCGCAUAAUUCUCUUUCCAUGGAGACAUAAACCUUGGGCUCGACGCGUUCGUCGGUCAGAGCAAGGCACGAGCGAGUGGCAGCCUGCCCGAGAAGACAUCAAUUCCCCUGAUCUUUACAUCCCAGUCAUGGCUUUGGUCACCUACGUCCUCAUUUCUGCUCUACACUCUGGUCUUCAAAAGCGCUUUCACCCACAAGUUCUCGGCGAAUCAGCAUCGCGAGCUAUUGCCGUCGUCAUAUUAGACUUUUUGUUCGUCAAAACAGGCUGUUAUAUCCUCAACGUCCAAGAAAGUAGCCAAGUCGUGGAUCUGAUCGCUUAUGGAGGCUACAAAUUUGUUGGCGUCAUUGUAACUAUUGCAGCUGGAUUUCUUGGUUUGAAUAGCACCCUCUGGGGUGCGAUCUUCGUCUACUGCUUCCUUGCUAAUGCAUUCUUUCUGCUGCGCUCACUUAGAUCUGUAGUCAUUCCGGAUUCCGCGUCUUCAGCUGCACCUACGACGGUCAACCCUGCUCAACGACGGCGAAGAAUUACGUUCUUAUUCUUGGAAGCGGUUUGUCAAGUAGUCUACAUGGGCUUCUUAGUACGGGUGUAA